UCUCCUCACAUAGACAGCAGAAGUUUGAGGCGUCACGCAGAUCCGUUCAGAGAGCAGAGCUCGCUCACACCUGUUACACGGCCGCUGAACAGAGGGAAACUUUGAUUCUUACCGUCACUCACCCGCCAGAUAUUAACCGCGUGACGUUCCCUGCACAAACCGAGCUCAUAUUAUAAUUUUACAGUUUUCUCCCUCGCUUUGAGAUCGAGAAGUUCAGAUCGUGAGGCGCUACUUUGCAGCGACACUGAAGCGAUGGAGCCGUCCGUCAUCCCCGGUGCCGACAUGUCCGACCUCUACUCCAUUAACCCGUUUAAUGUUACCUUUCCUGACGACGUGAUGGGUUUCGUUCCUGACGGGAGGAACUACACCGAGCCUAACCCGGUAAAGAGACCCGCGGGAAUCAUCAUCGCCAUUUCCAUCACUGCUCUUUACUCCGUUAUCUGCGUGGUGGGACUCUUGGGAAACAUCCUCGUGAUGUAUGGAGUGGUCAGAUACACAAAGCUGAAAACUGCCACGAACAUCUACAUCUUCAAUUUGGCACUGGCGGACGCUCUGGCCACUAGUACACUUCCUUUCCAGAGUGCCAAGUAUCUAAUGAACACCUGGCCCUUUGGUGAACUUCUUUGUAAAAUUGUUAUAGCCAUUGACUACUAUAACAUGUUUACCAGCAUCUUCACCCUCACUAUGAUGAGUGUGGACCGUUACAUUGCCGUGUGCCACCCUGUGAGAGCACUGGAGUUUCGUACCCCCAUAAAGGCCAAAAUCAUCAAUGUGUGCAUCUGGAUUCUCUCUUCUGCUGUUGGAGUACCAGUCAUGAUCAUGGCAGUUACCAAAGUGACAAACCAAGGUGCAACUGUCUGCAUGUUGAAGUUCCCUGAACCAGACUGGUACUGGGACACGGUGACAAAAAUCUGUGUGUUUAUCUUUGCAUUUGUGGUACCAGUGCUAGUGAUCACAGUCUGCUAUGGUCUGAUGAUCCUACGUUUGAGAAGUGUCCGUCUUUUCUCAGGCUCGAAGGAGAAGGACAGAAACAUGCGUAGAAUCACUCGAAUGGUCUUGGUAGUGGUGGCUGCCUUCAUUAUCUGCUGGACACCCAUUCACAUCUUCAUCAUUGUCAAAACACUUGUAGACAUCAGCCAAAAGAACCCCUUUGUGAUUGCCAGCUGGCACCUGUGUAUUGCACUUGGCUAUACCAACAGCAGCCUUAAUCCUGUCCUCUACGCUUUCUUGGAUGAGAAUUUUAAGAGAUGCUUCAGAGAUUUCUGCCAACCUUUCCGAACCAGAGCUGAUCAGAAUAGUCUUAACCGAGCCAGGAAUGCUACAAGGGAGCCAGUGUCAGUUUGUGCAUCUUCAGAGACAGGAAAGAAGCCAGUAUGACUAGGCCUGGAGAAGAUCCCAGGGGGGUCCCAGUCUAGAAGAAUUCAGCAGGACCUGCAAUCUGAGGUAACUCAAAUCUCCACUACUGAAUUCUAGGUACAGAAUGGAAGAGACACUUCCUACAUCUUGGAAAGCACAUAGCUCCACAGUACUCAAUACUAUCUCAAGUUUUGCAUAUUCAGAAGGUAACCAGAGAAACUGAGUUAAGCAGCUCCUCUCCUGCACCAUUUAUUACUUAUUAUUGUGGACUGGCCCUAGUAUUCUUUUGGAAGAAAUGCUAACACAAUGAUGAGCCCCUUCUGAGCCCAAUAUCCAAAACAGGGUAAAUUAUCAAGGUCUGCUGGUUUUCAGGGUCUGAAAUAUUACCGGUUCUGAGGAUAUAACCCAAUUCUGGAUGAAGGACCAUUAGUGAAGAUGAAGAUGGGUUCCAUUUGGAGGAAACUGGCUCAAAAAUAAUCAGUUGAUUAUAUAUUUAAUAAAUUGCUCUGUGUAGCGGACAAGCCUUGGGGAAAUAGAAAAAAACUAAAACAAACAUGGGAAAGUCAUGUAAAAUCUCCCCUCAAAUGUCAUACCCUAGUGAUGGAAACUCUUGGGGAAUGAUGGGGAAAUAUGUCUUGUACCAGAAUGGACUGCUGUAAGACUGGAGAAAACUGGAGAAAGGUGGUAUUUUAUGACAUAAAGACCAGAGAAUAUAUGGUUUGAACCUGAUCCUAGCAAUGUGGAAAAAUAAAUCAUGGAAACAAUAUUGAUGGAUUACUAUCCAUUACUGCUGAAGACAAGCUCACGAUACCAAACUCUGCAUCAUCUGUGGCCUCCUCCCCAACUUACUCCAUCACUGUAGUUCAUGAACAAACGUAUUCUAAUGUUGCAUUCCUUGUUCAAUUACAGUGAUGAGUUGUACAUGACAGAUGCCUGGAAACCACCACUUCAGGACCUUCCCAAUAAGGUUUACUUAAAGGGUUAGUUCAC